AUGUCCGGCAUAAACAGGUACCACCCAGAUAAGUUCGAGACGGGUAACGAUGAAUCUCGUUUGUACGACUUCAAAACGAUAAUAAACCAAUACGAUGAAAACGUGGUGAACGUGCUGAUGCCGUUCAUGGUGAACAUUUUGGAUUGCAUGAACGUCGGCUACAGGGAAAAGAAAAAGUACGAAGCCAAGCUGAAGAAGAUCGUCGAGGAAAAAUUGAGUUUGAAAAACAGGGAAAAGAAGGAAAAUAAGGUCUUGCUAAAAGAACUGCAGGAUCAGAUGGUCAGAUACCAAAAUGAGCACAAAUCGAGACUCUUCCUGGAAGCCAAACUCUCCGACAUUGAGAAACGAAAAGAAAGCGAAGUAAGGAACAUGAUGAAUCGGGUGGAAGCUCUGGAAGUUCUGGUGCAAACCUUAGAGCACAAAUUUAGAGAAUCCACCCAGUGCAUCGAGAAAUUGGAGGAAAAAGAAGCCGAUCUAAAACGGGAAUACUCCAGCUUGCUGGAAAGGUACACCAAAUUAUUCAAAGAGCACGUCGAGUACUUGGACAAAUCGAAGCCCUUGAAUCGGCGAGAAUCUUUGCUAAAAGAGAAACACUCCGAAGAAAAACCCAGAUUUAACGAAACUGCAUUCGCCGACGAGUUGAAAUUCGAACCACACGCGUCGGUUAGAAGCAACUCUUAUCAAAAUCACUCCAAGCCGGUAGACAAUCGACAAUAUCCACAAAAUAAUGCCAAUUUCGAAGCAGACCAAGACCAAGCCGAGUUGCAAAUUCCAGUGGAGAAUUUGAAGGAAGCUUACGUAAUGGAAAACGGAAUUUUGUACUUCGAGCAGCCUGCGGCAGCACCCGAAAGCAAUGACGAAGAUGAAGAGAAUGAAGAAAAGAGAAAACAAUUCGAACAAUACCAAGGCGAGACUGAAGAUGAAGAGCAGAACGAAAUUCAAGAUAUACCGAUUAUGGAUAAUUCUUUUCAAAAUGACUUCGUUAUGAAUGAAUUUUAA